AUAUAUUAGUGGUUUUCCAUCAAACUUCUCUGCUGCUGCUGCUUCAUCUGAGAAAAUGAAGAAUUGUAGUACGAGAAAUGGUGGCGACACAAGGAAAUACCACAAAUCGGAGCAACCACGCCUGAGGUGGACACUUGAUCUCCAUGAACACUUUGUUGAAGCUGUGGAAAGUCUAGGGGGAAAACAAAAGGCAACUCCAAAGCGCAUUUUGCAGCUAAUGAAUAAUGUCAAAGGACUCAGGAUCUCUCACAUUAAAAGCCAUCUUCAGAUGUACAGAAACGUGAAGGGUCGACGACACACGAUGUAUGAGUUGCAGAAAGAAAAUGCACAAGUUAGCGACCUUCCAAUCUGCUCCAGAUCAUCACUAAGAACAAAAUUAAGUGUAUCAAAAUAUGAAACUGAUUAUGAUCUGAAUCAGGAGCCCGAGUCAAGUGCAUGCUUACUUAGUGACAUUUCAAAUGAUGAAGAAGAAAGUAGUCGGACAAUGAAAUUUCUAGAUGAACGAAUGAUGCAUAGUGAUCAUGAACGAAUGCAUACAGAAGAUAACCAUGUAGUUGAUUCUAGUUCUGUACAAACUCAUGGGAGCAAUAGUAUAAAUUUAGACCUAGCAAUUUGAAUAUUUAAUGGGCAUGUACAUUUUGUGAACUAAUUACACGCAAUACUUGUCAUCAAUAGUUUCAGGUUUUUUGGGCAGAGAUAAUAUUGUAAUAGCUAAUGUAAUAUUGUAAUAUAUUAUAUCUUGAAGAAAAGAUUUACGUACG